AAUUUUAAACGAUAGAUGGGGGUGAAGGACAAUUGCAAAAAUUGUGAAAUGACAACAUACCAACAAAAAUAAACUUAUCUCUGACUCAAUAUUUGACAUUAAUUAGUAAUUGUAAUUGGCGAAUUACCAUUUUAUAGGAUACCAACAUCCACGAUAAAAAUGGAAAAAAAGAAGUUUUCAGGUGAUUUUGAAAUAGCCCCAUUACGUGGUUUAGAUGAUUUUAUAUUGGGCUCAGCACGAUUUCAAAUACCAGAUAUGAAAAAUUUGGAUAAAUGGGGCAAUCGUGUGGUUAACAAUUUAUUGUACUACCAAACAAAUUAUAUUUUACUUGCUGUGGCGAUUUUUACGCUUGUUGGAUUACUCCAUCCCGGCAAAAUGAUAUGCGGCUUAUUAGCAAUGGGCGUAAUAUUCGGCCUAUUCUAUUAUUUAACACAAGAAAAUCAGAAUGCAUUUAAACGAAGACAUCCAAUAUUGGGUCUUGCCCUAAUGUUAUUAGGUGGAUACUUUGUAUUAUACGUAUUGGAUUCAUUUUUGGUAUUCCUACUUGGAAUUCUGCUACCGUUUGCGGCCACCUUUAUACACUCAUCGUUACGUUUACGUAACAUCAAAAAUAAGUUUGUGAAUAAAAUGGAAGCGAUUGGUUUACAAAAACAAACGCCGAUGAGUCUUUUUCUUGGAGGAAUUGGAAUUGAAAUCGAAAUAUUAUCGUAAUCAGUCAAUUUUCGAUCGUAUUAUUUAUUAUUUUGUUCAAGUUUUUCAAAAAUUUACGAUAUUUAAGCAUAAUAAGCAUAAAUCACUUGCUCCAAAAAAAUUACAAACACACAAAUCUCAUUCGUAAAAGCCAGUAUCAAAGGGUACCAUGCCAAUUGUUUUUAUAUCUAUUUAAACUCAAAAAAAAUAUGGCUUCUACGUCAUUCUUCCCUUUUGUUUUGAUGUUUGUGUGUUAAACGUAAACUUAAUUUUUUUUUAAUUGUUUAUUUUUCCAUUGUAUUUUAUUGUGAUAUUUUUGUAAAUUUUUGUAGCGAACCAAAGAGACGAGGUUUUACUGUAUGAUUAUUAUACACAAUUAAAUGUAUUA